UGUUUUACCAACACCCCACGCUCAAUAUGUGUACAACGCCCCGAGAUGCUUACUCAACUUAGUAAGAUGUUUUUGAAGCUAGCUACGGGAAUCAAAAUCCAGAAUGGUUGCAACAUUUAACACCCUGUUGCCAGUCUCUCUGACGUCCAGCAAAUUGUAACAUUGCAUCGACGUUGUGAACAGCAUCUACUGCAGUAACGAUGCUAAGACUGCUACUGUGCCUGUGGUCCAUCCCGGUUAUUACGUGCGGAAGUGGCUCCAAUAUGUACAACGCAGCCCUUUGGAAGCAUACGACGCAGAGUUCAGUUUUGAACAUGACCAUUGAGCUCCACAGUGGGUUAGGGGUGGACGGAGUCGACACCGAGUGCGCACAGUUGAUUAACAAUUGCUCCACCACUCAGGAACAGAACAACUCCUCCUGGGACGUCAGCCUCGGCCAUGAAAUAGGCAUCUACGCCAUCAACAUCACGACAUCCUAUGUGUACCCUCUGGGUGACUUUGUUGUGGAGCGGGCUGACACAUGCAUAAAUGGUGUCUGUGAUUACAUCCCCUGCUACCAGACCAAUGAAACAGUACCACCAGGGGAAACACUCCAGAUACAGUGUGAUCCCCUAGGUGCGGGGACUGGUGGAUAUGUAAUAUACGCAUCAAACAUACGCGUGCGAUUACCUGGCAGCGUGAAGAGGCGACUUUCUGUCUGUGAGGUUGAGGUGUAUACCCAUCAAGACAUGGCGGUAAAUGUUGCCUUGAACAAGACGACACAUCAGAGUUCAGUGCAGGUCACGGCCUUGCCAAGGUCAGGCUGGAUGGCAGUGGACGGGAAAGAUCAGCAGCUUUGCAGUGCAACUCAGAACACUACCGAACUCCCCUGGUGGCAAGUUGAUUUAGAAUCUGAGAAACAGAUUGAAUACCUGACUAUUAAAGGACAUGCACUUGAAAACUUUACAGUGUACGUGGGAGUUGAGUGUGCGCUUGGUCAGGUUUGCUUCAACGUGUGUGCAGAACACACCGACAUAGCAGAACACCCCGUCAACAUGACGUGCGAGCCCAACACGACUGCACGAUAUGUCAAAGUAGCUCUCAACAAGCCGGGCAUGUUAUCUCUGUGUGAAGUCAAAGUUUGGGUACAUUAUGAUCCCACCACUACGACAGCCCAGACAACUGAGGCCACAACAUCAGCCAUCAAUGUAACCAAUGCAGAGACAACCACAGACAACACCAACUCCUCAACAUCGACAGCACCAAGCAACAACGAAACCAGUUCACCCGAGACAACGACCCAGAGCUACGACGCAACAGAUUCAAAUGAGACCACGACCCAAACCUACAAUGCGACUACUACAAUUGAGACCACGACCCAAACCUACAACACAACUACUACAAUUGAGACCACGACCCAAACCUACAACACAACUACUACAAAUGAGACUACGAUCCCAAGCAACAACGCAACCACAACAAAUGAAGCGACUCAGAGCUACAACGCAACAGAUUCAAAUGAGACGAUGACCCAAACCUACAACACAACUACUACACAUGAGACCACGACCCAAACCUACAACACAACUACUACAAAUGAGACUACGACCCCAAGCAACAACGCAACCACUACAAAUGAGACUACCACCCACAGCAACAACGAAACCGAUUCGGCUGCGACAACGGCAACACCAAGAAACAACGCAACUACUACAACUGACAAAUUCGUUUAUGACACUUCCACAGCGACUAGCACGACAACAGAAGCAGUCAAUGGUCCCAAACCUACAAGUUCCUCGGAUAACCAGAAUACAACUGGGACGUCAGUACCCAGCUACGAUGCGACAUCCCCAACAAGUUACAGCCUGCCAGAUAAUACCUCAACCGAUGCCAAUGACGUUCCAUCUACGGCUGACGUUUCUGCAGAGACAACCCAUCCAACAAUUGCACCAACAAACGCAGUUCAUACAACAGACUCCACAUCAGCUAAUGACCCAACGAUCAGCCCAACGCCCACAUCCACAGAACCACAAACCGUCUUGAUCUCUGAAUCAGAGCCAAGUAGCUCCAAGGGCGACCAGACAAUCCAACCAUCCAGCCAAGGACUUCAGGUCACUUCCGGUUCCGCCCUCGCCUUCUUCUACACAACCAUCCAACCUGUUGAAAGCGUGGAUGAUUUGAGUGAGGGGUUUACCACCCAGAUCAGUUCCCUCAUCGUGUUGUGUUCCUGCUACUGCAAGUCCCCAAACCAGACCACUGAGGCCAUAUCCAGGGUGAACCUCAAGAAUCUUGCCGUGGACAAGAGAAACGUGUCAAGGUUUAAACGUCGCUUCUACAGCGUGUUGGAUGAACGCCCUUCAGCUAUUUCAAUUGGGUCGACGGGAAUCUUUUGUCUAGUUUUUGUGUUUUGUCUUUUUGUUUUGUCGGACGUUGAUUACGUAGUCAGAAAUAAAAACAAAAUCGCAGAAGGCACGAUGUAAAAGAGUUGAACCGAAACACCAUAUUAAGACGUUCAAGAACGAAGUUUAUUUAAAUGGACAUGGUUUCAUGUUCUAUUAAAUCACUAGAGACAUGAAAAUAUAUUAUAUUGUGUUUUAAAAUGUAAGUAAUUGCAUAAGUGGACACGGAUUAGACAUCUAGCAGGGAGUUAAAAAUAUUUUCCCCGGCUUUUUCUGGAACAAAGUAUUUAUUUUACAAAAUUCCAUAUCCUUUUAGAAAUUAUGUUCGGCUUGCAGAGGUAAAGAUCACAUGCUCUCACGCAAAACGUUGUUCUUUGUGUGAACACACUUGACAAGAUUGAUGUCGCUAGUUUGUGUAUGUUUCGUGGAAUAAUGUUUUUAUAUUUAUUGUUUAAAAUUUUUCAAAAUGUUUAUUAUGUGUGAUUGCGAAACUCCUUAUCACGAUCUCCGUUGCAAGAAGUGCCUUAUUGUAGAUAUAAAAUGUAACGUGCUUUCUGAUAGCUCUGCAAAAUCCUGUUAUUCACUUUCGUUUGGUCAUGUGAGCCGUGAUAUAAUUGAAAUACUGUUUAAAGCGGGGCACAACACACUCACUCACUCGAUGUGCAGUCGUGUUGGUAUACAGUCAGUGAUAUUCAUUUAUUAUUGUAUGAUAUGAAUUGAUGUGAAGAAAUGUAAUGAAAUGGCAGAUUUGUUUAUAUUUCCAAGUUUCAUCUUAUGAAAAAACGUUUAUAUUGUAUGUUUACAUUUAACAAGAUGGGCCACUGGUCGUUGGACAAUUCUUAACUUCUAACGACACACGUCUUAUGGACCCGGCUGAACGAUGUAUUCUCAUCAAGACACGUCUUAAGGCCCUGUCAAGAUAUACUGGUGGAAAUAAAUAAGGGAACACUUACGUUUAGAAACAGAAAAAUGAUAUGCUAUCAUGGGUUCCCAGCCUUGUCAACCAAAUACGCGUUGGAAUCAAUGCAUAAACAUAUUUACACAAUUAAUUCUUACAUGUGUUGAAUUUGUAUGCGCGCUAUUUCAAAUGUACUGACAGUGGAGCUUAUUUCCCUAUAUUUUUUAUUUUUCCCUUAUACCUUCCCAUCAGAAUGUUUCCACUGGUAUUUUUGAUACACUAGAGUUAAUUGUUGUUUUUACGCACAAACCGUUAUACAUUCUUGAAUAUUAUCAUGCACAUAGAAGUAGGAUGGCGUAUGCAUAUUUGUUAAAGGAUUUGAUUCGAGUCUUACCCGGUUGCAAGUAAAUGUUAGUAUCAAAUUAUGUCUAUACUGUAUCACUUUUAUUAGGGACUAUAUGCACAUGUUGCACCCUUUACCGUCCCCAUGUUAUAGCCGACAUCACCUCCCGGUGGAAUAAACACACACAGUCUACA